GAUAUAGCGAAACUUGAACAAGAUAAAGCAAGCCUUGCUGAACAGGCAGAAGAAGAAAGACAAGAAAUUUUAGAAGAACUCCAAAAUGCACACGAAAAGAAUGGUAUAUUGUUCAUAAAAUUGCAGAAACUAGAAGACUUCAUCAAUGAAUUAAUUCUUAGUCAAGGCCAUGUAAAUGUGCAAAUUUGCGAGCAUAACCGAUGA